AUGUCCAAUCAUGCCAGCGUGGGCUUUGUGAUCUCGAUCCUGGAGCACCCUGAAAAAAUUGAUAAAACGUCUAUUCCUGACAGCUUAUCACAGACCUGCCGAGGUUGGAAUGAUUUUAGCAAUACAAACUUUGUGGAUGAGAUUGAUUCUGGGUUAUGA